UUUAAAUCGAUGUUGAUACCGUGCUACUGUAUAGGCUUUUGCCAUCUUUCUGUUCAGGUAAUGUGAACAUGUAACUAUGCUCCUUAGACACUCCCACACCUGCUGUGUACUUACUAUCAUGUAUUCUCUUUUGCGUUGUCUAUUCUGAAAUAUGUGUUCUGUCAAAUCUCUGUGCUGUUUUGUCUCUAUUCUUUCCUUUCUAGCUCUCAUUUCUUUAUUUCCUCUUACUAGCUCUUCCCUUACUCUCCCUCCCCUCUCACACAUGCACUUUGUGCAGAGUUGGGGGUCCAAAGUUCAGUAACUUGUGAAGCACAGGGAUAAAUAUGAACCUUGGAGGAUUUACUCUGCUCUGAUGUAAACAGAGAGAGACAAGGGUCCCUUAUCUGCUAUGUUUCACUGAAGACUGUCCGGGGGGUGACUACGUACAGGUUGUGGCCGCACAGCAAGUAUUUUUGGGGGGGAGGAGGAGACAGAAGGUGGGUAGAGCAUGGGCUCCCGCCUGCUGAUCCCUAUUCUAACCGCAGGAUGGUGAACUGGUAGCAGGUAACAGCGAGGAUGGCGUCUGAACUUAGCUACUUGCAGCAGGAACUGCUAAGGGCAUUGCUGGAGUCAGGUGUCACUAAAGAGACUCUUACCAAAGCCUUGAGUGAUGGUGAUGGUUACCAGUAUCCCAGGGAUCCCCUGGAUGACAUGAGUAGCCUGGAAGAUGGGGAUCAUUGUGUGCAGCUACCUAAUGGCCUUACGGAACAUCAUGUAACGGAAGAUGACAGUUCUGAAGAUGGUGGGGACUUUACACCACCGAUUUUAAAGGAUUUGGAGAGACUCAGCCCGGAGGAGGCUGCCCAUCAGAAGGCUGUGGUGGAACGACUGCUGCAGGAGGAUUCAUGGCACGUAGCCAAGCUAGUGAAAUCUUACUUGCAACAGCACAACAUUCCACAGCGGGAGGUGGUAGACACCACAGGACUUAACCAGUCUCAUCUAUCCCAACACCUCAACAAGGGUACUCCCAUGAAAACGCAGAAAAGGGCAGCACUGUACACAUGGUAUGUCUCAAAACAGCGAGAAAUAGCAAGACAGUUCACCCAUGCAGGACAAACUUUGAUGACCGAUGACAUUUCGUGUGAUGAAGUACCAAACAAAAAAGUCAGAAGGAACCGCUUCAAGUGGGGGCCAGCUUCACAGCACAUCUUGUUUCAGGCAUAUGAACGACAGAAAAAUCCCAGCAAAGAGGAGCGCGAAGCACUUGUAGAGGAAUGUAAUAGGGCAGAAUGCAUACAGAGGGGAGUGUCACCAUCACAAGCGCAAGGACUGGGCUCUAACUUGGUGACAGAAGUAAGAGUUUAUAACUGGUUCGCUAACAGGCGUAAGGAAGAGGCAUUCCGGCACAAGUUAGCAAUGGACACAUACACGGGUCAGCAGAGCUCCACGCCUGGCCUAACAGGCCAUGAUUUGCCUCCAUCCAAAGUAACAGGCCUUCGAUAUACCCAUGACCCCUCCAGUGAUCGAGGAUCCAUGGUGAACAACCAGAAUGGUCUGUCUCCAUCCCAAAUGGAACACAACCACAGUCUCAUGAGCAGUGACAGUAAAUUAAUUCCAUCAGCAGGGGGCUCCCUUCCACCAGUCAGCACGCUUACUGCUCUGCACAGCCUGGACCAUGGACAGCACACAAUUGGACAGACACAGAAUCUCAUCAUGGCUUCACUCCCCAGUGUCAUGACAAUUGGCACAGAUGCAACACUUGGACCAGCAUUUGGCAAUUCUGGACCAUCAACAUUAGUAAUAGGUCUAACAUCACAGUCUCAAAGUGUUCCUGUGAUCAACAGUGUAGGCAGCAGUCUGACAACAUUACAGCCUGUCCAGUUUUCGCAGCAAAUCCAUACCUCACACCAGCAGCCACUUGUACAACAGGUCCAGAGUCACAUGACACAAAACCCUUUCAUGGCCACAAUGGCUCAGCUCCAGUCUCCACAUGCUCUGUACAGCCACAAAUCAGAUGUUGCCCAGUAUGCAUCUGCUAGCUUCUUCCCACAGACCAUGGUCAUCACCGACACAUCAAACUUGGGAACACUUACUAGCCUAACACCCACCAAACAGGUCCACUCCUUGCACAGUAGUGCACAGGAAGACUCUCAGGGCUCCCAUCUCCAGAGCCAAGACUCCAACAUCCUGCACCUCUCUUCAAGUCACCGCCUCUCUCCCAGUCCAUCAGCAUCUUCAGCCAGUUUGGUACACUACCAGAAUUCCAGCACCCCUGAUGGCCACAGCCACCUCCUGUCCCCAUCACAUGGCAACAUAGACAAUUAUAUGUCUUCACAGAUGGCAUCUUCCUCACAAUGAAAUGACUUUAACCUUGGCACAGAUCUACACCUGCUAACAGCAUCCCUGGACUCCCUCUGAUGUAGUCAGAGCCAAACAGCUAAAUUCAAAGAGGGGCGGACAGAGAGGACACUGUGAAGAUUAUCACCUUUAGAUGAAUAGACUUGCACUGGUCAAGCCUGCAAUGAACUUUGUGAAAUGGGCGCACAGAGUGAAAUGUCAGAAAACCACAGUAAUGGAUGUUACUAUUCUCCUAUUUUCUUUUUUAUUUCUCAUGAAACUGUGUUCAUAAAACACUUUUUUGGUGUCAGUCGUGG